ACACUACAGACAGCUGUUUCAAUUGUUUUGUUUACAUGUAAAUGGAACGCAGUUAGCGUUUCAGCACAUUUCAGUGCAUUUGACGCACAAUUCAUUCUCGAUUAUUUCUCCGUUUGAAGUCCAAGGCAACUGGCUUCUGUCAUUUAAUAUCCAACACGCAGCUGUAGUUAAGCAACAACUGCUUUCACAAAUCGGUAUUUAAGUAUAAGUACGUCAAAGUCAGACAGCAUCAAGUGGAAAUUUGCUUUUAUCAGCUUUUUGCUUGACCCGCGCAUUAAAAGGCCAACAGUGUCAUUUUGCUCGUAAAUCAGCUAAAUUUAGUAGUUAACGUUUUGUGUGUGGUCGUGAUAAAGUUUAAAUCCGAAGUGCAAAAAAAGUACUGCAAUAGAUAAGAUUAUAGGCCAAUCUUCGGACUUGUGGCCUUCGCCUUGGUUCGUUUUCCGUUAACGAACAACUUAACCGUCAUUAAUCCAUUAAUCAUUGUUAAUGCAGCCCCCAUAAUGGCAAUACAGAGUAAACUGCUGGAUCCGUUGUGCAUCACAUGCCAGGAGUUCCAGCACCCCUGGACGGAUAAGUGCGUCAACGCCACCGCAGGCAUCCUCCUAUCUGCCACACCCUACUGCUUGCGUGUCUACACAAUUGUAUACGCCUUUUCACUACUCAUGCGACACCGAGUGCCAACUUUGCAGGAUCUGAAGCGCACUCUGCUGGGGAUCAUCCAAUCAACAGCCUUCCUGGUCACCAAUGCGUACACCUUUAUUCUCUACAAUUGCUUGCUGCGCAAUCUGCUGGGUCGCUACCAUUUCAGCACUGUAGCCUUUAUUCCCUCGUUUCUGUCCUCAUUGACAGCUAUUCUGGUCGAGCGUCCGGCCCGACGUCCACUGCUGACGCUCUACGUGGCCAAUGUGGCCACCGAAGCCCUUUGGAAAAUGGCCGAGGCUCGCAGCUGGGUGCGUUCCAUAGCACAUGGCCAGACGUUCAUCUUUGCUGGCAGCAUGGCUGCGCUUCUAUAUCUGUAUCGUCUGAGCGCCAACGACGACUCCAUCUUCAAUAUUUUGCGCAUCUUUGUGGGCAAAGAGGAAGCCGGGCCGGUGGUCAAACCUGAGCCUUUGACGACGGGCGACCAGCCAGCGCCCUCUCGACGACGACCCAGCGUCAGCUUUGCCAGCACCGCCGACUGGGUGCGCGUCUACAGCAAUCUGAUCCAUGCCAAGCAUGCCAGCUGUCGCCAUAAGCAAAGCUGUCCCAGCUAUGCCAUCUUAGGUGGCCUGCGUCCAUUUGCUGGCGGUUUGGCUCUGCAGGUAGCAUUGAAGCUGGCGAUGAAUAUCAAAAACAUAUUCCGAGGAAGCAUGCCAUGGCGCAAGCAAAUCUUCAAUCGAAGCACCUUGCAGCUUGGCAUCUUUAUGGGCACGUUUUCGUUUCUAUACAAGUCCAUGUCCUGCCUGUUGCGCCACAGCUUCAAUCGGGACGAUGCGGUGUUCGCAAUACCAGCGGGUUUGGUGGCCUCAGUGGCAUUUACCCAGUAUCCAGAUAAUACGGUCGCCUUGUAUGUCAUGUGGAAGGCCAUCCAAAUACUUUGCAGCAUGGGCCAAGAACGAGGCAUUCUUCCGCGUAUUCCUAAUUUUAUGCUCUAUACUUAUGCAUUCUUCACGGCUGUGCUCUUCCAUGCUGGCAUCAUGGAGGCACAAUCGCUGCGACCUAAUUACUACAAAUUCUUGCAGGCCAUAUCAGGCGAGAGGCUCAACAAAUUCAAUUUGAGCGCCUUUGACGUCUUCGGCCUCAACACGCAGCAGCAAACAAACAAAAUGCUGAAGAGCCUAAAAAUCGUCGACAAGCAGACACUGCCAGCAUUUUCGUUUGCCUCCUGAGUGUAGCCACGUUUGAAGUCGAACUAAGGCGUGCCUACCCAACAUUUCUUACAAUAACCCUCAGCACUUGAAGUGCGCACAUUCAACGUUCGAUUCGUCUCUCCCAAAUGGCAUUUUAUCAUUGUACAUGAAUAGUAUAUGUUAGUAUGUAAGUCGGUCGAUUUCACUAUAUAACGCUCAUUCUGGGCGUGCUCGUAUGUAGUGUCAAUAGGCCUAUGGUGGUCACUCAAAGUGAGGAAUAUUGACAAAUUAUCUCUUUAUUUUUUUGGUAUCAGCUCUUAAUAAAGCAAACAAACGCUUGUUGACUUAUAA